AUGAGCCAACAGCACCCUAUGGCCGGUGGUAUGGGUGGUCCAGUCGGAAAUGUCGGGACGCCCACCAACUCUGCGACACUCUAUUCACCCGAGGCGAUCAUUAAGAAGCUGAACACGCACAUUUACGAGUACCUGUUGUGCAAUGGACACUACGAUUCUGCCCGGGCCUUCUACAAGGACUUGCCCAUCGAGGAAAUCACCAAGCAGUCUCCGAACCAACACCAGAAUGGUGCGGACGGCAUGGAAGUCGACAGCAAGGAGCUCCCAGGCGUCCAAAAGCGGCCCAGCGACCUCCCAGCACCCGUCAGCAUGUCGCACGCAGACAGCCCUUUCCUGCAAGACUGGUGGUGUCAGUUCUGGGAGAUAUUCCACGGCAAUCGCCAACGAGGCAAGCAGACUGUUUUGGGCUACGUUGGUCAGCAACGUGUAGCGCAAAAGGCGCGCACAGGCAUGCUCGUGGAUCCGAAUGGAAUGCAGCGUGGUUAUAACAUGAUGAACAACGGCAUGCCGGGCGGCGAUAUGCGACAGGCCGUGCUGAAGAACGGAAUGUCGYCGGCCCAGCAGCAGGCGCAGCUCCAGAGCAUGAAGAUGAGGACUGGUCAAGCUCAGGGCAACCAGAUGCAGAGCAGCCAGAUGGAGCGAUCGAGCUCACAAAUGGAAAUGAGCGGACCACGGUCUGGGUCACCCAGUAAUGGCGAUGCUCCAUCGCCGAAACGAGCAAGACUCGAUGGCAACAUGCCGCAAAUGCCGCAAGCUCGACCCGGCCAGCAAGGCCAGAUGCCAGCAGGCAGCCAGUCUGUGGAGGUCUACUCGCAAGCUAUACAGCAACAGAUGCAGGCCGCUAUGCAAAGAACGAAUUCUAACACGAACAAGGGCAUGCCUCAAAACCCCCAAAUGGGCCCCGGCGGCGCACAGUCAAGUCCCAUGAGCCAGCAAGGCCUCGACGGUAACUCUGGAGAAUUCUAUGCAAAUCAGAGAAUGGGCAUGCCGCAGAAUGGCGUUGCCGUAGCCGCCCCUGGCCAGCAAGGAGCAAAUAACGGAAACGGCAAUCACGCGCUGCAAGACUACCAAAUGCAACUGAUGCUUCUCGAACAGCAGAACAAGAAGCGUCUGCUCAUGGCUCGGCAAGAACAGGACAGUAUGGCACACCCAAGUGGGCCCAAUGGCGCCGCAUUUCAGCCUGGCAUGUCGCCAUCGAAUAGAGCCGGAGAUCCAUCUCCGAACCCAAAUGAAAUGCAACGCGGAACGCCCAACAUCAAAAAAGCCGGCAUGUCACCCCCGAAUGGUGACAUGACGGGCCGUGGAUCGCCCGCGCCCAAUAUGAUGGACCCCGCCGUGCGCCAACAGAUGAUGGCAAUGGGUCCGAACGGGCAGCCGCUCAUGCGACCGCCACCUUCGUCCCACCCAGCGAUGGGUGCUCAAAUGACACAGCAACAGAUGGAGUACAUGCAACGUUCCGGCCAAAUGAUGCAAAAUGGCGGCGGUUGGCAAGGUGGACCGCAGCCACCGCAUGGGAUGAUGCCUCAGCCUGGCCAGCAGCCGAACAUGACACCCCGUCAAGGUAACAUGCCUCCACCGCCGGCGCCUCCGGUUGCGAAUCCAGGCGGAACUCAGCCAAGUAGCCCAGCCCAGCAACCUCAGCCGCCCACGCCGAGCCAAGCUAAUAAGCCCAAGCCUGGAGGCAAAAAAGAUAAUAAAAAGGUUGGCAAUAAGAAGGGAGCGGCUGCGGCCAGCAAUGAGAAUGCUGAUGCUCCUCCUACGCCAACUCCGCCUCCUCCGGUCACUCCGAACAAUGCUGCAUCGUUCAAUCAGAACAAGAAUCUGCAGAUGCAAAACGGCCAACCUGGACCCGGUGGUCAGCAAAAUCAUAAUGGAAACCAGGUGCAGGCCCCAGCACCCGACAUGGGCAUGGGCGCUCCCUUUGGUGACCUUGGUGGCGAUUCACAGUUCCCCACCAUGGACUUUGCCGCUCUGGACAGCGGUGAUGUACUCGAUAACUUCGACUUUGACAGCUUCCUCAACAACAAUGAUGACUCUGGGCUUGGAUUUGAUGCCAACUUUGCCUUUGGUGGGGAUGCGUCUAUAGAGACUGACAUCGGCGGGAACUAG